AUGGCUAAGCAUGAAGCUAUCCUAUAUUCUUAUAUUCUCACCACUCUUAUACUAAGCUUGAGCUUUUUCUUGUGCGAAGCCAUCGAUGAGGAAAGAAAGGUCCAUAUUGUAUACCUAGGUUCACUGCCUGAUAAUAAGGUGUACUCACCUAUGUCUCACCACCUUGGUUUACUUGAAAAAGUUGUGGAGAGCAACUUUGCUGCAAAGAUCUUGACAAGAAGUUACAAAAGGAGUUUCAGUGGAUUUGCUGCAAAGCUCACUGACCAGGAAAAAGAGAGGCUUGCUAACAUGAAGGAAGUAGUCUCUGUCUUUCCCAACAGACUUCUCCAGCCUCAGACAACAAGAUCUUGGGACUUUGUCGGUCUUAAUGGGAAAACAAAACGAAAUAGAAGUGUUGAGAGUGACACCAUUAUUGGUGUCAUUGACACUGGAAUUUGGCCAGAAUCUGAGAGCUUUAAAGAUCAUGGUUUUGGCCCUCCUCCUAAGAAAUGGAAAGGUGCUUGUGAAGGUGGCAAAAAUUUCACUUGCAACAAGAAACUAAUUGGAGCUCGGUUUUAUGGUUCACUAUACGAUUCUGCAAGAGAUGAUGAAGGCCAUGGAACACACACAGCCUCAACUGCAGCAGGGAACACUGUAAAUGAUGUGAGCUUUUAUGGACUAGCACAAGGUACUGCAAGAGGAGGUGUUCCCUCAGCGAGGAUUGCUGCGUAUAAAGUCUGUGGUAUUGAAGGGUGCCCUACAGAUGCUAUAUUGGCUGCUUUUGAUGAUGCUAUUGCAGAUGGAGUUGAUAUCAUUACAAUUUCAUUAGGAAGCCCAGAUGUAGCUUUAUUACAGAAUGACCCUAUUGCUAUCGGUGCUUUUCAUGCAAUGACAAAGGGGAUACUUACAUCAAAUUCUGCAGGUAACAGUGGUCCUACUGCAUCAAAAGUUGCAAGUGUAGCACCAUGGAUACUUACAGCAGCAGCGAGCAGUAGUGAUCGUAGAAUCAUUGACAAGGUUAUCCUGGGAAAUGGCAAAACACUAGUUGGGGCUUCAGUGAACACUUUCAGAUUAAAUGGGACAAGCUUUCCUCUGAUAUAUGGAAAAGAUGCUUCAAGGCAAUGCUCUGAGAUCGCAGCUGCAAGCUGUCAAGAUGGCUGCUUAGAGAGUGGUUUAGUUAAGGGAAAAGUUGUGUUAUGUGACCUGGCUUAUGGAGUUGAUGAGGCAUAUCGUUCUGGAGCAGUUGGCUCUAUUUUGAAAGUUGAUUGGGAUGAUGAUUCUCAAAUUUUACCCUUUCCUGCAACAACUUUUAGUGACAAAAAGUUUAAUGUGAUCAAGUCCUAUUACAAGAACUCCACAAAAGAUGCUCAAGUAAACUUACAAAGAAGUGAAGUCGAAAGGGAUGCUGCUGCACCGCUUGUUGCUUCCUUCUCUUCACGUGGACCAAAUUCAAUUCUACCAGAAAUUAUUAAGCCAGAUAUAAGCGCCCCAGGGAUAACUAUUCUGGCUGCAUUCUCACCUACUGCUUCCAUUACAGAGAGUUCUGACGACACAAGGCAUGUAAACUAUAAUAUACUGUCUGGAACCUCCAUGGCCUGCCCGCACGUGGCUGGUGCAGCUGCAUAUGUUAAGACAUUCCAUCCUGAUUGGUCUCCGGCGGCCAUCAAAUCAUCUCUUAUGACUACAGCAUCUCCCAUGAACGCUGCUCAAACUAGUUACAAUGCGGCUGGUGAAUUUGCAUAUGGAUCUGGACAUAUCAAUCCUGUCCAAGCUAUAGACCCGGGGCUUGUGUAUGAAGCUUUUAAGCAAGAUUACAUAAAUUUGCUCUGCUUGGUCUUAAACCAGACUGAUGUCAGACUUAUAUCAGGAGAUAACAGCACUUGCUCUACAGGCUCUGACAAAGGAUCUUUACAGGAUCACAAUUACCCUUCACUAGCAGCCGUUGUCGCACCAAACAAAUCUUUUUCCGUCAAAUUUCACAGAACAGUCAAGAAUGUUGGCCCUGCAAACUCAACUUACAAUGCCAAAAUUUUGGCCAACUCCACUCAAGUAGACAUCAAAGUGGAGCCUGAAGUUCUCUCCUUCAAGUCUUUGAAUGAAGAGAAGACUUUUACCCUGACCGCUGUUGGAAAAGGUUUGUCAAACGAACAACACUCACAUGUGACUGCAUUGUUGGUGUGGUCUGAUGGAAUUCAUAGCGUUAGAAGUCCAAUUGUAAUCCACAAUAAUCUAUGA